GCAUGGCAGUCAGCCUACGGGCUGGACUCGUCCUCGCUGCUGCCGCCCAAGACCAUUUCCCUCGCACGCAACCUCCCGCCGCCCGCCCACCUCGAGGACUGCACCGCCCGCACGUCCGCCAGACAGGGCGCCGAGAGGGCCGGGGCGGCGUGGGCGGUGCCGGGCGGCAACGGCUCGUCCUGUUGUGGAUGCUCGCCGCAACCACCAUGGGUGUAUGGCCCUGACGACAGCAGUCUAGCCCUCACGCGCACGGUGCAGCGGGACAUCUGGCUCUCGCAGUUCCCUCCUGGCUCCUGCGAUGGAAGGCACCUGCUCAUUGUGCCCUGGGUGCUGCCAGCCACUGCUGCCGCAGGGCUGGGCACAGGGGCAGGAGGAGGAGGAGGAGUGGAGGCGGGGGAGAGCGGUUCAGAUGGGCUGGGAGGUUUGGAGGGGCUGGGUCUGCAGGUGCAUGUGAUGGGUGCGCUGCUGGGGUUGGCGGUGGAGACAGGGCGCGUGCUGGUCCCACUCUCAGGCUCCUUCAGCUAUGCCAACAACUCUGCAUGUAAAGCCAUGGGCCAGCAGGGCCAGUGGGGGUGCUACUUCUCCCCCAUCGCCUCCUCUGACUGCUCCAAGCGCGCACAGAAGGAGAUGCAGAGCGGUUCACUGCGGUCGCGGUGCAGCGGCAAGCACAUUCGCAACGUGGCACUCUCAGCAGAGCCCAUAGUCUGCCUGCACCCCGACUUUGACCACAACGAACUCAAGCUGCACGCUGCUGUUGCCACCAAAUGGGGAGCACCUCACCUGCAGCGUCCAGAUACACUGUACCGCCCAACAUGCCGGCCCCCCACUCCUGACAACCCCUCUCUCUCCGUGUCUCAGGUGCGUUGGUGGCGAGCCCAGGCCACGCGGUUCCUCAUGCGCUGGCCCUCCCUGCACCUCUGCCACGUCACCAACCUCAUCCGCCACGUCAGCAUCAGCCACCACGUGGCUGCCAGGCUGGCAUUCUUCGAGGACACGCAGGCGGAGAUCAUAAGAGACGUGGCUGCUGACACAGCAGGGGAAAGCGCCAGGUCAGAUGUGAGGAAGAGCAAACAGGCCAAGGACCUGCAAGGCAUGGAGUUGGGUAAGGGGGUGGAGAUAGAGAGUGCAAGCAAAGCUUCUUGGGCCACUAUAGGGGGAAGGUGCAGUGUGUGUGAGGAGGAAGGGUGGAAAGGGGAUUUGAUGGGAGAGGAUGGGGAGGUGGGAGAGAGUUGGGAUAUGCAAGCAGGGGUGAGUAGUGGUAAUGUGAAGAAGGCGGGGUUGGAGAAGAAAGAGAAGCACGUGCUGUACUAUGUGCAGAAGCACAACAACCUCGUCGUUGGCGUGGGUCGAGAGCCGUACGUCAUGCGGCCGCUGGCGAGUCUGGUUCUAGGGGGUACGUCUGGAGAGGGGAAUGGAGAGGGGAAGGGAGCAUCAAGGGGGGACGGAGGAAGAGAGGUGGGGACGGAGGUGGAAGGGAGGAGACUAGAGGAGGAAGGGGAUGAGGGAGUGGAGGGGGAGGGCGGUGCAGAGGGGAAAGGUGGAGAAGAGGGGAAAGGUGGAGAAGAGGGGAAAGGUGGAGAAGAGGGGAAAGGUGGAGAAGAGGGGAAAGGUGGAGAAGAGGGGAAAGGUGGAGAAGAGGUGAACGGUGGAGAAGAGGUGAAGGCUGAAGGAGCAGGAGCAGGAGGGGCAGGAGGAGGGGGAGGGGGCAGUGAGAGUGGCAUGGUGAGUGCGCUCAUGCAUCAGGUGCAUCAGCUGCGACUGGUGGAACCCCAUCUGGCCCACGUGUGGCUGCACACGCCCUCUCAGGUGGGUCUUCUCCCAGGUGGGUCUUCUCCCAGGUGGGUCUUCUCCCAGGUGGGUCUUCUCCCAGGUGGGUCUUCUCCCAGGUGGAUCUUCUCCCAGGUGGGUCUUCUCCCAGGUGGGUCUUCUCUCAGGUGGGUCUUCUCCCAGGUGGGUCUUCUCUCAGGUGGGUCUUCUCUCAGGUGGGUCUUCUCUCAGGUGGGUCUUCUCUCAGGUGGGUCUUCUCUCAGUGCGUGCACUCCUGCUUUGCCCACUCGUCUUUCAAUUCCUGCCACUGUCACCUGCCACUGUCACCUGCCAUCACCUUCCCUCACCUGCCAUCACCUUCCCUCACCUGCCAUCACCUUCCCUCACCUGCCAUCAUCUUCCCUCACCUGCCAUCACCUUCCCUCACCUGCCAUCACCUUCCCUCACCUGCCAUCACCUUCCCUCACCUGCCAUCACCUUCCCUCACCUGCCAUCACCUUCCCUCACCUGCCAUCACCUUCCCUCACCUGCCAUCACCUUCCCUCACCUGCCAUCACCUUCCCUCACCUGCCAUCACCUUCCCUCACCUGCCAUCACCUUCCCUCACCUGCCAUCACCUUCCCUCACCCGCCAUCACCUUCUCUCACCUGCCAUCACCUUCCCUCACCUGCCAUCACCUUCCCUCACCUGCCAUCACCUUCCCUCACCUGCCAUCACCUUCCCUCACCUGCCAUCACCUUCCCUCACCUGCCAUCACCUUCCCUCACCUGCCAUCAGCCUGCAU